AUGUCCACACUAGAAGCGUAUGUGAAUGAACAAAAGAAGAAAGGCAAUCUCGGCACAUCAGCCUCGUUUUCGUCGCUGGGAGAUUUGAGGAACAAAUUCUCGACAUCCAUCUCGAUUGGUCGAUUGUUUAACAGUGGCGAUGCUUCGGAUGCACAAUCUCUCGUCGACGAUGGCACCGGUGUGGGCCAAUUGUCGCAAGGAAAGAAUAGGAAAAACGGUGGUGGAAUGUUCUCGUGGUUUUCGUCGGCCGACGAGGGCAUGUGCGGGCUGAGUCGAAUGCAGCGAAUGGUCGCCUUCAUUUUUUCGCUUCUCGGCGCCGGAAUUUGCUUUAUUACGGCCGCCGUUUUGAUUCCAGUGAUCGUUUUGCCGUCGAACACACGCAAAUUCGCCGCACUUAACUCGUUGGGCUCAGUGAUGCUUAUUUUAAGUUUCGCCUUCUUGUGGGGUCCAUAUGCCUAUUUCACACAUAUUCUCUCUCCGCAAAGACGUCUCGUCACUGUCGCCUAUUUCUCGGCGCUCUUCGCCACUCUUUAUUCGUCACUAAUGCUCAAGAGCUUCAUUUUCACAUUCAUCGCAGCCAUCUUUCAAACCUGCACAUUAGUCUGGUUCGUUCUCUCGUAUGUGCCGGGCGGUGAGCGUGGUCUUCGAUGGAUCACUUCAAUCUUCACCGGUUUCAUCACCACUCGAUCGGCCACCGUUCUACCGAUU